UGGGAAAAGAGCGAGGAGAAAAAAGAGAAUUAAUAGAAGGUAUAGAAAGGAAGAGGAAUUUGAGGGUUUGCACUCUGCGGAAGAAGAUAGGAGAGGGACGACGAAGGAUUUUUCAACCGCCGGUUUCCACGAGGGCGCUCGCCAUGACAGCCCCGAUCAACACGCCGGCGCCCCCGGCGGCCAAGGAUGCCGCCUCGGCCAGGAAACGAAGGAGACGGGCCCCGGCCGGCGGUGCCGCAGACGACUGCUUCACCUGCGCCAAGCGGAACGUGAAGUGCGACAGGAGGAGGCCUUACUGCUCGCAGUGUCUGGAGAUUGGCAACGACUGCUCCGGCUACAAGACGCAACUGACAUGGGGCGUUGGCGUGGCCAGCCGGGGCAAGCUGCGCGGCUUGUCGCUGCCCAUCGCAAAGGCGCCGCCCGUGAGCUCAGCCAAGACCGUCAAGUCGCCAACGACGACGACGACGACGGCGCCACGAGCCCGGACCGGCUCUGUCGCCUCGACGGGACAGUGGCCGCAGGAGCAGGAUGACCGGUCAGCCCGGGAGGAGGUGGAAGUGAAGAUGGAGAUGGACCACAGGCGGAACCCCUCCGCGUCGCUGACGACGCCUCAAUUCCCUCCUCCCCCUUACGACAUGUCGCACCUGUCCCCGACCGAGACGGCCCCGCCCGGCUGGACGCACAUCCCCUUCUCAUCGAGCAUCCCGACCAACGACGCGUCGAGGUUUCCGCCUAGGCAGAUUCACAUUCCUGUCUCGUCGCCCGGGGACAUGAUGCAGCGAGAGCUGAUCCAGACGCCAAUCGACUCGAUGAGUGACGUGGACUACAUGUCCCCCCUCGGCCACUCGUUCCCGAGGGAGGAGGUGCCAACCUUCAUCCACAGCCCGAUCGUCUAUGAGAGCUUUCCCAGCCACGCCUCGCCCGGUCCCCAAAGCCCGGUUGCCGCGAUGAUGAUCGAACAUUCGCGCGCACCGGCUCCAUGCCCCAGUCUUGUUUACGCGCCGUCCGAGCCCGCCUCAAGCCUGCACUCACAGCUCUCCCAUGUCGACAGCAUGGAAGCGCAGCUGAGUCGCAAGAUGCCUCAGGACUGCGACGUCUUGGUUCCCGGAACCCCAGACUUGGAAUCGUACAGCUCGAGCGCGCAAUCGCAUGGCCCUUACUGGACGUCAUCAAGCGUGGACGAGGAGUCCGUGUCGCAUAGCGUCCCGGACAGAACGCCAGCGCCUUGGCCCGGGUCAUUCCCCUCGCAGUCGCCCUCGCCGGUCCUGCAGGUCAGCCCGGAUCUCAUCACCAAGAUGCCCUUCUUCAUGGACUACUACGAGAAGACCAUGUGCCCCAGCAUGGUAUUCAUUGACGGGCCCCAUAACCCGUUCAGGGAACAGAUCCUCCGGCUCGGCACCAGCAGCCGGAGCCUGCAGCACGCCAUCUGCGCGCUCGCAGCGUGCAAUCUGAGGAUGAAGAGGAGGCUGAGUCGCGGUCACCACGGCAGGGAUGUUGGGGAGAGGCAGCUAGACAGGACGAGCCCAAUCGACGGCAGCUCCGACGGGCAGCCGAUGGACCAGUCCCUCGCCGAGGAAUACCAGCACCGGAACCUGGCCGUCCGCCUGCUGAACGAGCAGCUCAACGACGCCGAGAAGUCGAUACACGACUCUGUCCUCGCCACCAUCUUGUUGUUGUGCCACUACCGGAUGGCCGAGUCGGGCGUGGCCAAGUUCCACACGCAGUUUGCGGGCGUCAAGAAGAUCCUAAGCUUACGGAGGAUGUCGCCCUAUCCCGCAUCGAGGGAUUCGGCCUGGAUGGAGGCCUUAUUCACGUAUUUCGACGCGAUAUCCGCGAGCGUCAACGACAGGGAACCGCAACUCACCACCACAUUCUACGGCGUCCCCCCAGACACGCAAUUGCUGCCCCCCGGGGCCGAGAACCUUGUCGGCUGCGACCGGGAGCUGUUUAAGACCAUCAGCAAGCUCGGCCGGCUCAACCUCCUAUCUCAACACCGCCCAGUACAGCCCCUUUAUAGUCCUUCCUCAUUACCUCGGGUCGCCGGCUCUCGGUCAGCGUCUCCCCUCGGCGCCCCCUUCAAGCCCCCCCCUCCGCCGCAGCUCAACGGCUCCGACCAUCACCAUCACCACAACCACCUUCAGCCUCACGGCAUGUUGGGGGGGCUGCCUCACCCGAUCAACAGCAGCGUCCGGUUCGACGGUCCUCCUCACGGCUUCGGCGGGGCGCCGAAUCACCUCGAAGACGACGACCUACUGAGCCCCGGACACCUCCAGGCCGCGACCACCCCUUACGACGACCCGCGCAGCAUGUUCUGGCGCGAGUGGAAGGAGGCCCGACAGGCGCUCCAGAGUUGGGAGUUCGACGCGGCGCGGGUGCGCGCCUCACUGGCGGCGGCCAUGUCGCCGGCGUCGGACCCGUCGUCGGGGGGACCCGUCUCGGUGUCGGCGACGACGCUACAGCAGCAGGCGCCAACAAACGGGCAGGUGCGCGACCUGGGUUCGCUCAGCGAGGCCUUCCGCUACGCCGCCCUGCUCUACACGGAGCGGCUGGCCAGCCCCAACGUGCCCUCGGACCACAACAACUUCCGCAACCUGGUCAGCCAGGUCGUCUACUACGCCACCAGCCUCGAGGCCGGCAGCGCGGCCGAGAAGUUCCUCCUCUGGCCGCUCUUCGUCGCCGGCAGCGAGUGCGUCAACGAGCUCCAGCAGGGCAUCGUCCGGGCCAAGUGCAGAGAGAUCAUGGCCCGCAGCGGCUACAUGAACAACAUGGCUGCCCUCGAGGUUCUCGAGCGCCUGUGGGCCGGCGAAGGGGACGCCGUGCGGAACCCGCACCACCACAACCAGCACCCGUACUCCCAGCACCAAGGCGGCGGCCUGUGCGGCAAGGGCAAGGGCGGGCCCUUCAACUGGGCCAAGUGUAUCGGCGGUCCCGGGGUCGAGGUAGAGUGGAUUAUGUUUUGAUGAUGACGAUGAUCAUGAUGAUGGAACGGGGUGGGAAUU